CUAUUUUUGUUUACCAAACCAAACCAGGAAUAGAGUACUUUCGAGUGGGCUUUCAAAAUGGCCACCGAGGACAGUUUCAAUGACCUCUUCUUGGGCCACAGCGAGAAACACAGAAGGGCCCGAAACUGGACCGAUGCGGAGAUGAAGGGGCUCCUGUACGUCUGGGAACAGAACGUCGCUGAGCUGAAGAAAUGCAAGAGGAAUGCCAAGAUCUAUGAGAAAAUGGCCCAGAGGUUCUUCGAGCUCACGGGAGAACAGCGCCACCGGGAGGAGAUCAAGAUGAAAAUCACCAACAUGUCUUUCCAGUACAGGAAAAUGAAGUGCACGACCAAUGGGAGUGGAGGUACCCCGGACUGGCCGUACUACAAAGCCAUAGAGAAGAUCCUCACCAAGACUGCCGAUAAUGGGACUAUGAACCCAUUUGAGCUCCAGUCUUCGGGCCCCUCCACCUCCACGGAGGCCUCGAUGUCCCAUGCGGAGGGCCUCCCCAUGGGCGUCCUUCCGGAGUACACAGGCUCCUCUGAUGAGAUGGAAAUGAGGGGGGACCUGGGUGGAUCGGAGAGCUCUGGCAGUCUGCAUUCCGGGCUUCCCUGUCCUGAUUCCCACCCGGCACCGGCCAAGAGGAAAAAAGUACACCAGCACCUCUCCCUGAAGCGGUGGAAGCUGAAGGUGAUGGAGGCAAUGCUACAGGAGCAGCGGAAGGUGAGCCGGGCGGUGGAGGAGACGUGCCGCGAGGUAAACCGCGUCAUGCACCAGCAAAACUUCCUCCAGGUGCAGAGCCUACAGCUCCAGGAGCGCAUGAUGAACCUGCUGGAGAAGAUGAUUCAGCCACCCGCUGCCCUGACACCCGCCUGGGGUGCUGCUGCCCAGCCAGGGGUCAAAGAGCCAGGGCAGGGGUGA